AUGACAAGAAACAAAAGAAUGUCUAAUUCUUCUCUAAAAUUAUUACAAAUAACAUGUGCCACAAUAUGGUGCCUUUUUUCUUCUGGAAUAAUUUUUGGAUUUGCAGCCUUUAAGACUAUAUUAGUAAAAGAUGGUGUCUGCUCAGAUUAUUGUCUAUCCAAUUUAACACAACAUAACGAUGUAUGUAUUGAACAAGAUUUGAAACUCAAUGACAUGUUUGUAAUCAGUGUUGCUAUAACAAAUCUUAUAGCUUUCCCAGUUGGCUUUAUUCUAGAUAAAAAGGGACCAAGAGUCUGUGGGAUUAUAGGUUCCAUCUUACUAGCAUUGGGAUCUACGUUUUUUAUUAUGGCCAGACAAUGGUAUCCCAUUAUUGAUUGCUAUAUACUGGGAUAUGUAUUUCUUGCGAUGGGAGGUCCCUUCGUAUUCAUAUCAUGUUUCCAAUUGGCAAAUAGUUUCCCUAAAAGAUCAGGGGCUAUUUUAGGUUUAUUAACUGGUUGUUUCAACACAUCCUCUGUAUUAUUUUGGUUAUAUAAGAUUAUUUAUCAAAUGGUGAUAAUAGGGUUAUCAUUAAAAAAUUUUUUUAUUAUUUAUAUGGCAAUCCCUGCAUUUAUCUUAUUCUGUCAAUGUACAUUCAUGCCUCAAAAAACAUAUAAAAAUACUGGAGCCGUUGCAAAACUUACAGAAGAAGGUUUAGAUAAGAAUGGACAAUUAUCUGAAGGUGAUGAUGGCUGGAAUAUUACAUCAAGUAAUCUUGAAAGAAUGUCUUUAUUAAAUAAAAACGAAAUACAAAGACAUUCUUGCAAUUAUAAAACCAAUAGCACCGGAACCAACUCUUUUUCAAGAUCUAAGUCUAUACUAGAGACAUACGUAGAGAACAAAUUGAAGAGAAAAAGUGGAGGUGUAUUUGGUAUAUUACAUGAAAAAGAUAUGUGGACCCAAUUAAGGAGUCCAUGA